AUGAAACAACGAUUGUAUGUGGACAUACAGUCGACGAGGGUUCGUAUAAUAUACUUCUACGUAUAUUCUAUUCAUUAUAAUCCUGAUCUCUGGGGCCUAGAUGAUUCGAACCUAUUUGUACCUGAACGACACACAGUGGAACGACAUCCAGUCGCUUUCUUGGCAUUCGAUGUUGGACCGCGUGCUUGCAUUGAAAUGCGAUUUGCCUUGAUGGAAAUCAAAAUGGCUUUGGUACAUCUACUUCAGAACUAUACAAUUUUACCUGGUCUCCAAAUCAAACAUGGAUUCGCCAUCCAACUCGAAGCCAUCAACAUCAAACUGAUCAAACGUCAUUGA